AUGCCACGAUUUCCCGCCAAAAUGUUUAUCAAUUUGUUUCUUUCUUUUGGCGCCCCUCCUGGGGGUCCCCAUCGUCAGGUUGGCUGGAGGGGCGCCCGCAACCCCGAAAGGGGAAUAAACCACAAGAGGCAAGAAAAAAAAAGGGACAAGCUGGGCUUCAGUGCCUCCUAUGCUUCCCCGUUCCUUUUGAAAACCCAUUUUUUUUUUGGCGCCAAUGUUUAUUUCCGCUCUGCGCUUUUGCGGUCCUUUGGCGGGCCUUUGGGCCGAGAUGUCUUUCCGCACUGGCCCUCCAAAGAAGGAAAUGAAGCAGAUAAAGGAGCCAUAACAUAG